AGAGAUACACAUUUCCUUUAAUCUAUGUCAAGAUAUCUCAAAUAGGUAGUUGCAGUGGAAGGAGUAGAUCUAUGACUCAACAACUUGAAAGGUCGAUAUUACAAUAUAUCGAAUGGAAAGAAGACAAUGGUGAAGUUAUUUUUCAAACAAGAGCUAAAGUGAUGUCUACAAUUUAUACCCUUAGAAUUGACAAAGCAUUUAACUAUAACUUAAUUAGCACUUAUAUAGUUGAGAAAUUGAACUUGCCUUGUGUUGAACAUAUUAAUCCCUACAUGUUGAAAGGAGUAAAGGUAGAUAAAAGAGUGUUAUUACCAUUCUCUAUUGGAAGGUAUGAGGAUGUGAUCUGGUGUGAUGUCAUUCCCAUGAAUCGUUUUCAUAUCUUGUUGGGAAGGCCAUGGAAUAUCUAUAGAAGUGCUUCAUAUAGUAUCGAAAAAAAUAGAUACUCUUUUGAGGUUAAUGGGAAGAAACUCAGUCUUGGACCUUUGACUCCCUCACAAAUUUGUGCAGAUGAAAAGAUUGUUAAAGAGAAUAUGGAAAAAUACGAGAGAGAAAAGAAUGAGAGGAGUAAGGGAGUGCAUGUUGACAUUCCAAGAGAGGAAAAAGGAGAGGUUGUCUUGAGUAAAAAGAGUGGGAUGUCAAGUAAGGUAAACAAUGAUCAUGAGAAAAAAGAAAAGAGAGAAAGCAAUAAGAGAAACAAAGUCUGUGAGGUAGAGAGAGAAAAACAAGAGAGAUUGAGUGAAGGAAAAGAACUCUUUAGUGAGAGAAAAGAGGCUAAGGGUGAGGAAAACAUUAGUCUUGCGAUAAAAGCCAAAGAGAGUGUAAGCAAGAAAAAAGUUUCUUUACUUCCUAACCCAUUAACUCUUUCUUGUUUUAGUUCUUGUGAUUUUGUGCAGCCACGUGAUGAAAUACCUUUUGAAAGGAGUGGUGAGGCGCAAGAGAUGGUGGCAAAAGAUCCAAUUGGAUUCCAACAUAAAUUCGGCAAUAUCAAUUCUUGUUGGAUGGUGGAAGACAAAAGCUUGAUUAAAUUCUUUGUUAUUAAACCUUUUGACUAUUUCAAUUCUUAUUUACAGGGUUAUGACAUGGAGUUGCCUAAAAGCAUUGCUAAGGUGGAGCCAUUGCAUAAAAGAAUACAAGGUGAUGAUGUUCCAUUGGUAAAUAAGUCCAAGUAUGAUGAUGAUAUUUUGAUGCACAUCAAGUCAUUAACUAUAAUAUCUAAGUUAAUGUGUAAGAGUAAUUCGCUUCCUUUUGAAAUUGUGUAUGACAUAGAUGAUUACUUAUUCCAACUUGGUGGAAAGAGGCAUGGAAUUUCUGUGAAGAGGCUUGCAAAUGAGUUAAAUAUUUCUUCUUAUCUUAUUCAAGUGGCUAAUGAGUUUUCAUGUGCUAAAGAAUGUGAUCUUUGUUAUGUGAUGGGGAGUCAUUCUUCAAGUCAUGUUCAUUGUAAGAUUGUAAAAGUAUUUGUUUCUAGUAAAGAGGAUAUGCAUGAUUGUUGUAAUACUGGUGAUCAAAUACUCUUUCAUGUAGAGGAAUCCAUGAGAUUUGUAAUUGUAGUUAGUAGUCUAUAUCAUGAAUGUAUCUUGUUUGAUAGAUGUGGUAAAGAUGACGUUGCUUCAAAUGCAAGUGGCACAUACAUAUUUACCUCGGCAUCCCCAGAUGGUUGA